AUGACUUCGCGUCUGCCAGCCGUGUGGAAACGGCUCUCCUCGUCCAUCACACCCAGACCGGCUCCGCCAAAGGGAUACCUUCAUGGGCCCAUCCGCGACACCGCGUUUCCCGCAGGGUACGCGUUGACGGGCAUCCACUGUGGUAUCAAGAAAACUGGGGCCCCCGAUCUUGCAGUCAUUUUAUCUACCACCCCUCAUGCAGCGUCUGCAGCGGCCUGCUUCACUCGCAAUGCAUUCAAAGCCGCGCCCGUCGUUGUCUCUGAAGACAUAAUCAACAACAGCGGUGGCAGAGCCCGGGCAAUUGUGGUCAACAGCGGCUGCGCGAACGCGGUGACGGGGAAGCAGGGCAUGGAGGACGCCUGGGCAAUGGUCCGCGCCACCGACGCGCUCCUCGAACCUGCAGGUCAGCGCGAGACGCUCGUCAUGUCCACCGGAGUCAUUGGACAAAACCUGCCCAUAUCCAAAAUCAUUGCCGGGAUCGAGUCGCAGAGGGCUGAAGGCAACAGUCUCGCAUCCAACUUCUCUGCGUGGGAGCGCGCAGCGAAGGCGUUUAUGACGACAGACACGUUUCCCAAGCUGCGCGCGCGCACGUUUGAAAUAAAGGGGAAGAAAUACCGGAUAGCAGGCAUGGACAAGGGUGCGGGGAUGAUUCAUCCCGACAUGGGGCCGCCGAGGUCAUCUGGGCAAUUGCAUGCGACGCUUCUCGGGUGUAUCAUGACCGAUGCAGCAGUCUCCCCGCGCAGCUUGCAAUCCGCGCUCACGUACGCAGUGGAUCGCAGCUUCAAUUCCAUUAGCGUUGAUGGCGACAUGUCAACGAAUGACACCAUCGUGGUCCUCGCGAACGGAGCGGCAGCCGGUCCACAGGACGAAAUUGACGAAGAGCGAGACAGAGAAAGAUAUGAGGCUUUCAGAGAUGAGCUGACUACGUUCGCGGCGGACCUUGCGCAGCUCGUCGUAAGAGACGGCGAAGGCGCCACAAAGUUUGUCACAAUCUCUGUCGAGGCAGGUUACGGCGCAGCAACAUACGAGGAUGCGCAUCAGAUUGCUUCACGGAUUUCCACAUCUGCAUUAGUCAAAACCGCGCUAUAUGGCGAGGACGCUAACUGGGGCCGCGUUCUCGCUGCCACAGGAUCUGUUCCGCUCUCGGUUCCUCUCGAUCCGACAAAAGUCAGCGUUUCUUUCAUUCCAACUGACGGUACCCCAGCGCUGCCGCUGUUGGUAAGCGGCGAACCCGAAAAGGUCGAUGAAGUUCGUGCAAAGAAAAUUCUUAGCGUCGAAGAUCUAGAGAUUCAAGUGCAAAUAGGGACCGGGAAGGAGAGCGCGAAGUACUGGACGUGUGAUUUCAGCUACGAAUACGUCAGGAUUAACGGUGAUUAUAGGAGUUAG